UUUACCCACAUUCCAUUAUUGCCUUAAAAAUAUGAUUCCUUCAUUUUCAAUGGCCCAAAAUUUUGGGGUCCAAAAUGGUCAACCUCGUAAUAAUUUUGUUCAACACCAAUCUACUCCGCUUAUUUAUGGUGCUGUUAUGCGUCAAGGUGCUACUCAAUCUCAAGUGCAAUUUCAACAAAUGAUGCCGCAACGGGUUGUUCAACAAAUUCCAAGUUUUGGGGUUCAACAGAAUUACAACAAUCCUCUACCUGCCAACUCAACAAAUAUGAACAUUAAUUUGGGCCGUUCUAACCAGAACGUUUUUGCGCUUCAAACCAAUCAAUUGACGACUACAUCAAGUCAAUAUUUGCCACAACAACAACUUCAACCGCCCUAUCCUCUUCUUGCAACAAAUUCGUCUCCUGCUAUGAUUUCACCGCCUCGGAUGUCUUUUGUUUCUUUUCCACCAAUGCCUUCGGUUCAUAUGAAUCCACCGCCAGCGCACAUAAAUUUAACGGUUAAUGGUCGUCAGCAACCGCAGGCUCAACCAACUGUAACGCUCAACCAUGUGAACUUCUGUCCGUAUCAGCCUCCAGCUUGUAUUAAUCAACAACUAUUUUCGCCUGCCGUAGGGUGGUCUUUUACUAGUGAACCUCCAACUAAUACAAACCGAGUGCAACAACAACAUCAACAACCUAUUUUGCGAAUGCCAACUGUUGUUAUUCGACCUGGGGGGACUACAAUUAUUCGUUUAAAUGGUUAUAAUCGUCCGUCGGGAUACUUUGGGCGAGGGCCGUCGACUAAUAUUGGUUUGGUUUUUGAUAAUUUUUUAUUUUUCCAGUGGUUUUUUAUGUAGUUGAAAACCUCAUACACUCAUGGGGCUGAAAAAUCAUACCUUGUUAUUAGGUCAGGCCCGUAGCCAGGAUUUUUUCGGGGUGGUGAGGAACCCUCAAAAGACGAGUCGAAAAUACUAAAAUUUGGAUUGUUAACAACUUUUUCAUGUUGAUGGGGAACAACCUUCAACUUUGUGAUUGAAGCUUUUCUGUAUUUUUUUGUAAAACCUUGUUUGUAUUUUUCCUACUGUUCGGUAUUUUGCGGCUUUUGUAUUUAGGCGUUUGGGAAAUUUUUUGCAAUUCCCUCCAACGGCUAACCAGAAAUUAAAGAAAUCUAAAAACGAGAUUUUCAAUUAUCUCUUAAAAAUUUCACAAAGAAAACAUUUUUUAGGUUGUCAUACUUCAAAUGUUAAAAACGGAUAUAAAGCUCAACAACCACGUAUCAAAUAUAACGAAGAAAUUCUUGCUGAUAAAAAAGAUGAAUGUCCUAUUUGUUUGGAAGAUAUGGAUAGUGGAAAUUUAAUUGCUAGACUUCCAUGUCUUUGCAUUUUUCAUAAAAGGUUUCUUUUUUGAUUUUAUAAAGUGGAGUGGUUUUUUUUGGGGGGUUCUAGUGCAUGACAUGCGUCCCUCAACAGUGAUGUUCAUUCGAUUUCUGGUUAAUAUUUGGUUUUAAAAUUUUUUUUCUUGGGAAUUCGUUCUUAAGGAUUGUUGUGGGAACCGGACGUAAAUUCUUAUUAGUUCCUAGAAGCGACGAGUCUGACCAACUACAAGCUAUGGAC